AUGGCGGAUAUCAUCUCCCAUGACGUAUAUUCGCGGAAUUUAGCCCUUUUUCCAUCUAUACUGGAUAUCUCCAAUUGUAUGCACACACGCUCUAGAGGUCUACCUUUAGAGCCUAUCGAUCUUGAGAUCGAAGCAUCCAACAGAAAGAGAAACACUUUGAGAAGGCUAAAUCAAAGGAUCCGAGUCUCUUCUCCGGUCCAUAGACGAUCACCUUCACCGGUUCAAGAAUCAUUGUCACCUACUCCAUCACCAGUUCACUCCCCUAUUCAGUUUGAGCCACAUUCUCCUAUUCUGAUGGAGAACGGAGACGAGAAUAAUGUUCCACCACCGCCUCCUCCAACGAAUGCUCAACUUCAACAACAGCUCGAAGACUUGCAGAGGCAGUUAAAUCAAAGGAAGAAUGUGGUACCUGUUCAAAACAUGUAUGCCUAUCAUGGGGUGGCAAACCCAACUGUUGGCAACAAUGUCAAUGCCAACACAUUUGAACUCAGAAGAGGACUACUUCAGAUGGCUGAGAACAAUGCUUUCAGAGGCCGACCCACCGAGGAUCCUAACAAGCAUCUCACUAAAUUCAUCCAGAUCUGCAACACGACGAAGAUAAAUGGAGUCACAGAUGAGCAGAUCAGACUAAGGGUGUUUCCUUUCUCUCUGGAGGAUGAUGCCAAGGAUUGGCUGGACAGUAUGGAGCCCAACUCCAUUCGUACGUGGGAGGCAAUGGUGGAAAAGUUCUUAGAAAAAUACUACCCACCGAGUGAGGCGUUGAAGAGGCAGUCAGAAAUCAUUUCUUUUGAGAUGACUCCCCAAGAGAGUAUUCGAGGAGCUUGGGAAAGAUUUAAGGGACUGAUGAAGAGGUGCCCCAACCAUGGAUUGAAUCCGACGCAUCAAGUCCUGACAUUCUAUAGGGGGUGCCUGCCUGAAGCAAAGCGGGAACUAAAUUUGAGCGCAGGGGGAUCACUGCUAAAGAAGGGAGAAGCAGAGGCCAUGGAGGUGAUUGAGAAGGUGACCUCUAAUGAUGAAGGCUGGAACAAUGAGAGGAGUAGAGUGCACAGGGAGCGACAAGAGGGUGUAGAGGAUGUUAACUACAUACACCAAGGGGGCAACAACUACUAUAACAACUCCCGCCCCACUCUAGUGGGUGGGGGUUACAAUCAUUUUGGGAACAAGGCGCAUCCUAAUCUGUCGUAUGGGAACCCCAACAAUUCCCUCCAGCCACCAUCGGGGUUCACAGUUUCCCAAGGGAUGAUCACUGAGCCGCAGAAGAAAAGUACAGAAGAUAUACUGAGUGCAUUCAUGUUACAGUCACACAAGAACAUGGAGCAUACCAAUCAAAGGCUGGAGAAGGUUGAGAAUGAUGUCCACAGCAUGACAGUACAUAUGAAGGGCAUAGAGACGCAGAUGAGUCAGAUUGCUCAAGCUGUGAGCAGUCAGCAUAAGCCAGGGCAGUUUCCAGGACAGCCAAAUGUGAACCCCAAGGAUUGCAAGGCAAUCUACUUAAGGAGUGGGACAAGCUAUGAGAAUCCUCUUAUGCCCGAGGUGGAAGCUAAAGAAGUACCCGAAGAGAAAGAAGAAGAGGAGAUUGAGAUGGAAGCACCUCUUAUGCAGUCUGAGAUUCAACCCGAGGCAAUUGCUCCUCCCACGCCACAAGAGGUUAAAAUUCCUUUUCCUCAAGUGGUGCAAAAGAAGAAGUUGGAUGAGAAGCUUGUUAAGUUCCUUGAGAUCUUCAAGAGAGUGCACCUCAAUAUUCCUCUUAUUGAGGCUCUCCAACAAAUGCCCGGCUACCUCAAGUUUUUGAAAGAGAUUGUGUCCAAGAAGAAGAGGUUGGUUGAUUAUGAAACCGUAAACUUGACCGAGAAUUAUAGUGCAAUCAUCCAAGAAAGAUGCCGGCAAAGAUGA